AUGAUAGCUAAGACGAGCAAGAUGGCUCGCGAGAUCGAUCAAGGAAAGCUGCCUGAGUAUCGCGGCAAGUUUUCCUGGGUAGCUGACACCCUGUGCGCACACAUCAGUGCGACAAUGCCAGAAUACGACUCUCACGACCCAAAGACAUGGCCUGUUAUCACAUCCGACUACCUUCAAGCCCUCCUCGGUCAUGAGUACGAUGGGAAUCAAUGCCUCCCUCCGUACGUGGCCUACGAACGCGGCCUCGUCGACAAGUGCGUCACGCAUUUUGCAGACGGACCCGCCGAACUCAUACACACUGACGGUCAGACAACGUCAAUCGGGAGUCUGUACCAUUAUCUCUUUCCCUUCGUGUACAACUCCCAAGGUCAGGCACCGUCGACAUCGGCUUUUACUGAGGUACUGAAGAUGCUGAAGGAGACUCGUUCAAACUUAAAUGAUAGUGACGCUGAAACCGGCAAGCAGGAGUUGGCGAAAUUGCGCAAAACUCUCGCCAAGGAGAAGCAGCGUGUGGAAGCUGUUCGAAAGAGCAACCAAGCCGUCAAAGAAGGCUUGAGAGAGGCAUUGUCCGAGGAAAAGAAACAGCACAAUUGCACCAAGAAGGGCCGUGAGGCUGACGCAGAGAUGCUCGAAACCGCACACGCCUCCUGGGAUAUUGAAACAGGUCGAGCGAACGCGGCGGAGAAGUCAGUCAAGCAGCAAGCAGAGCUACUGGAAUCUAAAGAGAAAGAGUUGAGAGCUGCUAAGGCUAAGAUGAGGAGUCAGGCAAAGGAGUUGGAUGCUGCAAAGAAGGAAGCUGCGACCGCCCAGGGGCAGAUCAACGUUAUUCGGGAUGAGCUGAGAAAAAUUCGCGGAAUUGAGAACCGAAAGAGGCAGGCGAAUGACGACACUCCUGAAAUGAUGUGGAAAAGGAUCAAGACCGAAUUUGAGGAGUGA